GUUUAAAGUCUCAUUUUUUUCUUUUAAGUGAAUUCAUGUUUGUGAAGAAUAUCAUUUGUAUUGUUCACAUCUGCAUUAAUGAAUGCUUGUUUGAUCUUGUCAAUUGCUACUUUGGUACUUUUAUCAUUUACCUUAAUGGUAAAAUAUUUUUCUCUCUCUACUAGUUCUUUGCUAGUUUCAUCGUAUGGCUGUAAUGGCUUCAUCGUUGCAUUGUGAUAAAGAAACGUAUCAGUAGCCGUGGUUAAGUUCUGCUUCAAAAAUUCUAGCAUACUAUCUUUGGCUCUUUUGAUUAAUAAUUCCUCUGGAAAUCUUAUUGUCUCUCCAUAUACCAGUUCUGCUGUCGUUGCUUGGAUAUCUUCUUUAAUCACUGACCGAAUAGUCAACAUGGCAGUUGGAAAUACUUUAGUCCAGUUUUUGUUGCCAUGAUAUUUGAUGAUUGUUUUCAGUUGUUUAAGCAAUCGCUUAAUUAGACUGUUUGCUUCAGGAUGAUAGACCGUGGUCCAUAAAUGAGUGAUUCCAAGAAAUUUACUAAAAGCCUUAAAUAAAUAAGAUUCAAAUUGUUUGCCCUGGUCUGUAGUAAUUCUUAAUGGUACUCCAAAUCUAGAAAUCCAUCCUUCCAGAAAUGCUUGUACUAUAUUUUCCAUUGAAGUGUUUCUUAAGGGAACUACUUCAGGCCAGUGUGUAAAUCUGUCCACACAUGUUAAGCAAUAUUUAUAUCCAUUUUAUUUUUAUUUCUGCUACUUUUGUUGGCAUAUUGUAUGGCAAAGAAAGAUCGGCAAAUUUUGUCUGCUACUUCAGCUCUAAUGUUCAAUGGUGAAUCAUGCAUUGUCGUUACAAUAGUUUGUAUAUGUGCAGGUAAUUUACUAGUCCAAAUUGUAUACAACAAGCCUUGGGAUAAUCUGGAUUCGGCCAAAUUUCUCAAAUGUCUUAGAAACUCAGAGGGUGUGCGGUCACCAAGUUCUUCUUUUUCCACUUUGCAUUAUGACUUUUUAUUUAUUUUUUAUUUUUUUUUUAUUUCAGAAAAAAUGCUAUUUCCAUUGAAGCACCUGUAUCCUCGAUAUAGCAUAUUAAAAAGUCUAAAAAAGUCCAAAAAAUUUAGUAGUCAUAAACCAGCUGUAAUCUUAGGAAUUGAAAGUAGUUGCGAUGACACUGGUUGCGGUAUUGUAGAUAGUAAUGGAAAUAUAUUGGGUGAAGCAAUUAAUUCACAAUGUUUAUUACAUUCGAAAUAUGGAGGUAUAAUACCUACAAUUGCAAAAAAUAUGCAUAGACAACAUAUUACAGAAGUAUGUGAAAAAGCAUUGAGAUCAGCAAAUUUAAGAUUAAGAGACGUAGAUGCUAUAGCAACUACUGUAAAGCCAGGUCUAUCAUUAUCACUUCAAAUAGGUGAAAGGUUUGGAAAAUAUCUAGCGGUUCUUGGUAAUAAACCAUUUAUACCUAUACAUCAUAUGCAAGCUCAUGCACUUACAGUUAGAAUAACAGAGAAGGUAGAUUUUCCUUAUCUUGUACUUUUAAUAUCAGGUGGUCAUAGUAUGCUUGUAGUUGUUCAAAAUGUACAGAAAUUUAUUAUACUUGGUUCAUCGAUGAACAAUGCACCAGGAGAAAUCUUAGAUAAGGCUGCUCGUAGACUUAAAUUGAAUAAUAUAAAAGAUUUUAAUAAUAUGAGUGGAGGUGAAGCAGUAGAAGCAGCGGCAUGCAAGGCAUCUAAUGUAAAUCAGUUUAUUUUUAAUGACUCUCUGAAGUCAUAUCAGGACUGUAGAUUUAGUUUCUCUGGAAUAUUAGCAACAUGUAUAAAGCACAUUACUGAAGAAGAGAAGAAACAUAAUAUUAUAGCUGACAUGAUUAUACCUGAUGUUUACAAUUUAUGUGCUAGCCUUCAAUUUGCAAUUACAAAACAUCUCUGUCAUAAAACUCAAAGAGCAAUAGAAUUUCUUGAUUAUAUUAAUUUAAUUCCUGAAGAUAAACGAACAUUGGUAAUAUCAGGAGGUGUUGCAUGUAAUAAUUUUAUAGCAAAAGCUUUGGAUAUUAUAUGUUCUGAACUAAACUAUAAGCUUGUUAGGACACCACCAAGAUUAUGUACUGAUAAUGGUGUUAUGAUAGCUUGGAAUGGAGUAGAAAAAUGGAUUUCAGGUAUUGAUAUACUCAGAAAUGAAAGCGAGAUUAAAAAUGUAACUGUAGAAACAAAAGCAGCCAUAGGGGAAGAUUGGACAGAAAGAGUGCGAUUUUCAAAAUUAAAAUGCAAACGAAUAAAGAUAGAAAAAAAACUUGCUAUGGAUUCAACUAUAGCUAAUGAUGCUGUCACAAUAUCAUCAAAUUCUAUAACAUGAUCAGGUCUUAUUUCUUCAGGAUAUUCUGAAGCAACAUUUGGUAAAUCUUCCAAUUUAUCUUUUAUAUCAGCAUAAAUUUUAUCAGCAUUAUUUGUAUCCAUUUUAUUUAUUAUAAGCAUAGAAGGUGUAUUUAAUAAAUCUGGUUUGUAUAGUUCAAUUUCUUUGUUUAGUAAGAUAACUGUGUCUAAAAAGGUUCUAUAAAGACUAUGUACGGACAAUUGGAAACCUUGAAUAUCUACGAUAAAUAAAAGUAACUUUGUUCUUUC